AGGCCCGCCGCGGAGACUCUGCGUUCACGUUCAGUGAGAUGGAACGAGGCUCUCAUAUGUCCAUCUCCCAUAUGGCCCAGUCAGAGAAGAAAGGGCUGGUUUAAUCGAAGAGGUGAUCAAUUGUGGACUAACGGAGGUGCGUUCAGGUCACCACCGGGAGGCGAAGAGUAUCCCCUUGACCUCGAUGGUUAUCCAGAUUUUGGUGAGGGAUGGAUGAAUGAAGAAGGUACCCGUAUCGAUAUGGCACAUCGUCUGAUUCCAAAAGCACCGCUGCGUUCGGCGCUCAAG